CGCUGUGCUUUGACUUGCGGUUACAGCAUUGAACUAAUAUUGAUUGUAUUGGUUUGUUGAAUUUGACACAGAAGUGAUCUCGGUGCAGUAGAUUAUGAUAAACAGUAAAACAUAAACUAUGAAUACAAGAGUCGGCCAAACGGUCUAAAUGAAGUUAAUUUCUUUGUUUUGAAUAUGUGUAAUGAAUGAUCAUAUUAUAAUGAUCUUUUAGAAUGGCGGAGGCUUGUAGAUUUGGGAACCAUAACAUAGAAAGUAAAUCAUCAAACAGUCAAGAUGAAAACUUUUGUAUCGUCCAUGUUAUUUGUGUAUUUAUAUCACUUGUAACGAUCUUAGCAGAUUUGACGACAGAUGUGAUAGUUUUUGCCGAAUAUUGUAAGGAUGGGCAUCUUUAUUGGGGGUUUGGUACAUUGAUUUUUAUUGUAACUCCGAAUAUUCUAAUAAAUAUAUUUUCGAUAAGGUGGUUUGUUACGGAUCAAAAAUCAAGUCUGCGUCAUUGGAUUACCCAUAUAUGUCUCGUUGGUUUAUUAGAAAGAUACAUUAUAUUCUUGCGCAAAGUGUUCGUGUGCAAAAACUUAGAAUCUAUAAAAACUCACAAAUUAAUUUCCCAGAGAAAUGAUCUAAGUUUGUUACAUUUUUUAUACAUUUUUAUAGGGACUGUGCCACAAAUAAUAUUGCAAACUUAUGCAGUUGUUACUUUAGAUGAUAAUUAUUAUACAAAAGUGUUUGCUCUAGCAGCGUCAAUUGCCUCCGUUAUAUGGGGUUGUGCGACAUACAUUUACAGUAUUACAGCAUUUUCAAAUGAAAAUUUCAGUUGGAAUGCAUUAUUAUUGAAGUUGAUAUGGCAUUUCGGGAUGUUAAUCGGAAGAAUACCAGGAAUUUUAUUAUUUGCUAUAAUUUUUGGGAUAUGGACGUUAAUACCUUUAGGUUUGCACUGGUUUGCAAUGACAUUCUGGAUUGUUGUCCAGAAAACUACUUUCUGUCCAAAUAAGUUAGAAGAAACCCUAUACAACGUCGUUAUGGGCUUUGUGUAUUGCUUCUGCUAUAUAAAUUUGAGGGAAGGACACACAAGAUAUCGUUUGAUGUUGUUUUAUACAUUGAUAAUAUCACAAAAUUUUGGAAGCCUAUUUAUAUAUGUACUUAUUUCUGAUGCUGAACGACAAAAGAAGCCAUGGUCCAUUGCUGCCGCAAUAUGUAUUUUAUUUGGAACAAUCGUUGGCAUUCUUUCAAUGAUAUUAUACUACAGAUACUUCCAUUCUACUGGACCUAUUUCAUGGAAAAGCGAUGACAUAGAACUAAAUAAUAAAGUAGACAUGCAAGAAUCAAAUAAUAAAAAAGGAGGCAGCCUACACCACGUGAGGUCAUUCAAAAGUGCAAAAAAGAAUGAGGAAACUGAAGCAACUUCCAGUAAAGAUACAACAACGGAACAAGCUCAGAAGCAAGAAAGUGAAAAUGCAGAUAAAAAGUUUUUAUUAGAACAUUGGAUAGCUAGAUCUGGUUCACCCACAUUUACAUCAGCACCUAUAGGAAAUAGCAGCUUAGAGGCUUCUAGUAUAGAAUUUUAUACUGUGGAAAAUACACCACAAUUGGUAUUGCAAGAUGAUGAAUACAAACCUAAAAACAACAAGAAAAGAGCUAUUUGCUCCCCAACUGAGUUAACUCUGAAAUUAAAUUCCAUGGAGAACUUAGAAAGCUCAAUAGAUGAAAUAACUUCUAGCAAUUUGAACUUGCACAAGAGACGAGGAAUAUGUUCCUCAGACGCAUUGCGAGAUGACUUAACCAAUAUCAAUUUGGAGGUUUGUAAUUUAGUUAAUGAAGAAUUCAUGAAGAUGUUGAAGACUGACAGCUCAGAAAUGAGUCAUGAUACAGACGGUUCAAAUAAAAAGACAUCUUCGGACUCCAUUGAUAUGGAUUUAGAUUUAAGUUUCAGCGAUAUAAAUAGCUCCGACAUAAACACUUUUAACGAAAAUAUUGUGCAAAAGCUAUGUUUGAGUGCACUUAAGAAUAUAAAAGUUGGAAAUCAAGAUGCAGAUAUCGAAAACAUUCAAAGAAUAGCGUUGGAUAUUCUUAAAGAAAUGUACGCCAAAAAGGACAAAAAUAAGAAUGGAAUAGGCACAGAUUUAUUUCCAUCUAAACCACGUGAGUUAGAUACACCUACAGAGAUUUUAUCAGUUCAUGAUUAUGAAAAUAUCUGCGCUGUAAAUAUUGCUAGGGAAGCUUGGGGCUUAAGAUCUUGGAAUGGAUAUUCUGACAUAGAAAACUGGCUCCACGAUGGAAGCGUGGUAAGAGACAGAAGACGAGAUACUUUAACUUCGGGAAGUUCUGAAAUAAGUAGCUGUAUUUCACAAGAUCUUAAGAACGCUAUUUUAGCCGCACCACCAUUUCCUAAAAAACCACAUACUUAUUCAAACGUAUUUGUCAAAUUCGAUAGGACGAAUCAGGACGAUUAUGCGAAUACGUUAGUUUCGCAUGAUGAUACCUUCUUAGCAAAGCCGUGCAUGACUGAUAUUAGCAAAGAUCCAAAUCACUUAGAACCAAUAAUGGAAGAAUUAGACGAUCUAGGUGAUAUCGAUCCUUCAAACAAAAAGAGAUUGAAUUCAGAAAGUUCUUUAGUUGCAACUAUUGAUGAAAUACGUAAAUCUACAGUUACAAAUUCUCCAAGAAAUUUAUAUCACAGGAGAGAACAUUUGUGGGAUUCACCACAAUUCAAUACAUCCACAAAAAUUGAUUUGAAACAAGCAUUGUGGAAAGAACCUUCAAAGUUUGAUCCAAGCAAUAUAAUGGAAUCUCUGCCAGAAAAGGAAAAUUGUAUGAACAUGGUCGACAGAUCAAAGUUUGGCAUGAUUAAAAAAGAGUUGAAUGUUUCAUCAACAUCAACAGAUUUACAUGGAGGAGAAAAUGCUUCUGUUUACAAUAAAAAUACAAGACGACGUCAAAAAACUAAUUCAAGUAAUAUCAAACUACAAAGCAAGAAAAUCAACAUUAAGCCUGAACAAAACCAACACGAUUUGUCGAAUAAAGAUAUUGACUUUUUAUGGCAACUGGUUUCAGAAAGCUCUGCACCUAAUAAUUCUAAUGAAGAUUGUUCUUCUAAUAAAAUAUCAACAUCUUUGCAGUCGUUGAUACAAAAAGAUGCCACGAUGCCGGUAGUUAAUACAUCAACUUCGAAGUUAUCCAAUGUAAAGAAGGGAGCGAGAAGUCGACCACGACGGAAAUUUUCAAUUUUAAGAGAAAGGUUUGAGCCUAGGAUCAAUUUAAAUUCUGAUGAGGAAAUUUUAUAUCGCUCAUGCGAAAUUAAUCAGCCUCAAUCAGAUUCCAGCGUAAUUCAUGUUAAAAACCAAUUUGACCCAGAACAAGGAGGAAGGACAGUGCCACGAAAACAAAAUUAUGAUAAUUUAUCUUUUGAAACUAGUGAAAGUCUUCCAAAUGCAGCUGUAGGCUGCGAUUUAGUUAUGUCAAAAAACAUUAAAGAAAAACGAUCUUUAUUCAUGAAACAAGUUUUAAGCCCACCAAAAUUUAAUACUAAAUUACGACAUAAAGUGUAGUUGAUAAUAACCACUGUAAUAAUAUGUGACUAUUUAGUUCCUAGAUAUUUUUCUGUAUUUUAUUUCUACAAGGAAUGAAGUCAAUGUGAACAUAGAUCUCAGAAUGAGUGUAGUCAUUUUAUACUACGUACCAAUAAGUUACAUUUUACACUACUUAUUAAGAAAUUUGCAUUGAUUAAAACCGCCAUGUGACGCCAUAUCAGUUAUUGGAUACCGACAAUCAAUAGAUACCUUGAGAUUGGUUCAUUUACAUAGAUUUUAGGAGUAUCUACCUACUUUAAUAGUUAGUCUGCUUAAUGUGAUAUUAAAUUCAGAGGUUUUGAUUAUAAAAAUCAUAACGAUGAAUUUGUCUGUGUUUUUCCAUGUAUUUGUGAUAAUAUUUAAGUAACAUUAUGCAAUCGUGCACUAAGACAUAUCAUGAACUUGCCUAUGUUUUUUUUUUUACUCUUUAAGCCAGUAUUUUAUAAGUUCUAUACUUAUGGAUGAUUUAUAGACUUAAUAAAUUUUAUUAAAUAUGUAAUUUAACUACUUGUUCCGUAUAAAUAAAGAACACUAAAAUAUA